AUGAGUCGAGCAUUAGGAAAACGAGAUUUAACAUCACCAUUAACCAAUAAUUUAACAUUAGAUCAAGCUCAAAUGGUAACAAAUAUAUCAAUACAAUACGCAUUAGAACAACAAUUAAAAGCUAGUGAUAAUCGAGAUCAAUUUAAUAUUUCAAUAUUAGAUAUGACAUCAAAUACUAGCGAUACAACUAAUAUGAGUGUUACGUUGGAUUUCUUGAUUGUGUAUACACGAGAGUGUAUAUCCUGUGAUAAAAAUCGUCAAUUAAAUAUAUUUCAAGGCUUAGGUUCCAAUAAUCAAUUGUCGACACGCAUAAAUUUUUUUAUUCAAUACUCAAAUCUUUCGUAUACACUUUCUGAUCCAACGAUCGUUUAUACUCCAAAUAUUCCGAUUCAAGAUAUAAUAAUUAUUACAAAAAUUGUGUCUAAAUCACAAUUUAUUAAUCAAAUCGAUAAUAGUGCAACAAAUCAAUCAAUUCAAAUUAGUAAUAAAUUUCUUGCAAAUAAUUAUACAUUAAUUGUUACAACAUCAAAAAGUAAUUAUUUUGCUACAUUAGAUGAAGCACUUACACAAAAUUCAGCAAAUCAAAAUGAUGGACCAGUUUCUUUUCAAGGAGCCAUGACAAUGUAUUCUGAAUUACUACAAAUAAUUGAACGACAAAUUCAAUUUACUAAUGGGUCUAAUGCACUUAAUAUUACAAUCAAUCAUAUUACGUUACAAUUUUGGUAUUUAAAUAGUACAAUUCAUGUCAUAGUCGAUUUUUUAGUAAAUUAUUCUACAAGUUGUGAUAAUCAAUGUAUGAAUCAACGAAGUAAUCAAUUAAUAAAUCAAUUAAGUAAUGUAACAACUAUACCGAUCUAUAUUCAACUAGCUAAUUUAACAGAUGGUCAAGUUAGUAUCUUAAAAAAUAAUGUUUAUGUUUUAUAUAAUUAUUCAUUAACAACACAAAUUAUUUCGAAUAUAAGUGGAUCAAUAAUUCAAACAAUUCCACCAAUGUUUACUAUUGUUUAA